AUGCGGGUCGCGUCGACACUUGGGCGACUCGGGUCGGUUAAACCAUUGACCCAUGCCCAUCGCGUGCCCCGGACUCUACCCUCUCUUCACGUUCUUGAUCGAGGUCAAUACCCCAACUCCCGAACAUCACCAGCCUUGGGCACCUUCUGUCCAUACGGCUGCAGAGGCAUCUCUCACGAACAAAAGGCGAAAGAUCUCAAUCAGCAGGGAGUCGAUGAUGCCCUUUCAGACUUCGACAAUGCUCUGGCAAACGAUGGAGAGAAGCAACAACGUACACCAUGGCAUCGUCAGGGAGCGGAAGAACCUCCGGUGCGAAGACAACGCUCUGCUGGGGCCAUGACCAAAGGGAAGCUGCUCACCACCCCUUCACGACUACUCAAGCUUGUCCUGCCUUUGACCACAUCCGAUCACAAUGACGACAGGAAAAACCUCGCUCCCCUUGCUUUACUUGUCCACCCACAACAGCCCCUCUCUUAUCUCGAAAGGUUGAUCCAAGCGGAAUUGCCCAGAGUCAAAACCGAAAAGGGGGACGAUCGAUUGCCGUCAAUAUCCUUCCGCGCCAUGGAGGCUGAAGGCGAUGAGAUCAUGCCUAAAGACAAGACGCCAAAAGAGCAAGAACAGGACCAAGGCAAGGACUCACUUGGGGAUGGUGGUGUUCAGAGCUAUAGCGGGGCCGGCAGAGAAGGGAAGGGCGAGGACUCGGGCGAGUUUGUAAGAUGGAGUGCUUCGACAGAGAUUGGCGAUUUUAUCAGGGACGCGGCCAGAGCGAAAGAAUUUGAAGUUGAAAUCGAAGGCAACCCGAGAACAAUCAAAGUGGCAGUGCCGUCCUUCAACGACAGGACUUUCUAUCUGCGGCAACGGCUUCGCAGAAUCUCAAGGAGGAUUGCCGACAUGGCUGCUAUCAAGCACGAAUGUGACGUGGCCGCCCACAAAAGCGGACAGAGGAUCGCCCUCGGCGGAUGUGGGGUCUUGAUAGGGUACUGGUACUUGGUCUACCGUUUGACGUUCGAAACCGAUCUCGGAUGGGAUGUGAUGGAGCCCGUGACCUACCUUGUCGGAAUGGGGAGCAUCAUCGGCGGUUACAUGUGGUUCUUGUACCAUAAUCGCGAGGUGUCUUAUCGGUCGGCGAUGAACAUCACCAUCAGUCGUCGACAGAGCCGUUUGUAUGAGCUCAAGGGGUUCGACCCACGAAAGUGGGAGGCGCAGAUCGAAGAGGCAAACGCUCUCAGGAGGGAAAUCAAGGCGGUGGCUGCUGAAUAUGACGUGGAAUGGGACGAAACAAAGGACGAGCACGACGAGGCUGUUGUCAAAGCAUUAAGAGAAGAGCGCAAAAACGGGGCCAAGAGCAAGUCGAAAAAGAACGAGGAUGACGAAGACGAAGAUGAUUAA